AAUGUGUUUCUUUAACGGUGACGGGGGGAAUGCAGUCAGCUGAAUGCACAGCAUUGCUAGAAGAAAACCCGUUGGAGGCUGGGAACGACGUGAAGAGGUUUGCCUCCCAGCGGGACAGAGACUAAUGUAACGUCAUGAGGUGGGGUGGCCUCGUUAAAGUCCAGACCGGAAUGUGUGGCAAGAUCCAAAAUAAAAAUAAAAAACUAUGCUCUUUAUGCAGUCUUACUGAGCUCGAGCUACUUGGCUAAGGAAAAUGGGAAUCAGUUGCAGCCUCUCGGCUGGCAGAGCCGGUAGAGGCGUACGCCUAAAGACCUGCAGCUUCAGUGGCAGCACUUUCCACUUCACAAUUAUCUGCUACUCCGUGUGGGUCCCUCUCAUAAAAUCCCCCCAAAAUAGACUGAAGUUUCAUGACCAAAAAAAAAAAAAAAAGAGGGAUGUCGAUACUUUUCCAAGGCAACUAAUUACACGACGAGGUCCCCGUUUAAGGUAAACGUGUAACCCGAUUUGUUGAAGCUGGAAGCCUAAACCUCUCUGCCGCUUCGUCCAAAUUCUAAUAACCCAGCGGACUUUGGCUGUGUGUGUGUUUAAAUAUGGGCCGGGUGUUGAGUAAAUCCUGAGGUCAUACUUGCUGUGUAUUUGCUCAUUGUGUCGUGUGUGUUUGUGGUUUGUGUGUGUGUGUGUGUGUGUGUGUGUGGAGGGGAGGGCAGGACAGGACACAAGGCAGGGCGUUGUUAUCUAGACCAGCAGCCCCAGUUAUUUGGAACAAAAGCGCUGUUGUUGAUGGAUCAUGUGACUGCGUGUGUGUGACUGCGUGUGUGUGUGUGUGUGUUUUCCACCCUCGUCAUGUGACGCAAACUCGAGGCAGUGCUCCGAGAAGUGCUGAGUCGAUCUGAGAGGCUCCUUGCACCGAGGGAGCAGGCAGCCAGGCAAGCAUGCGGCCAGGGAGCGGAGACGGCCGUCCACUCGGAUGGACCGAUGGAUGUUGGCGGGAGGAGGAGGAGGAGGAGGAAACGCGCGGGGCAGACUCUGUGGGCACACGGGGGGACUCGUCGGUCGUCGGGUCUCCUCGCCUAUUUUUGGACAUCAGACGGGAGAAAAGCGGAGAUGCACGGCAGCCCUUUGAAUCCCACACAUCAGCGACGAGUGGCUGCCGUUCACAGCGCUAGCAGAGGUGACCACAGGGGGAGGGGCUGCGUCUCCUUAGCCACAAGGAGCAUGAAUCAUGACGUCCGUGGUGCUGGUGGACGCCGGUGGGACCAUGGUGGAGUACGUGACCGCUGAAGAAGACCCUCAGCAGGAGGGAGCGUGUGAGGCCGACGCGGAGCUGGAAGGAGAGGUGGAGGACGACUGUGAGGGCGAGGAGGUCUGCGAGGAGCUGGAGGAGAUCGCGGAGGCUGAUGAGGACCCAGCAGUCGUAGUGGAGGAGGCGCCCACUGCCGGCCUGGUGGAUGCGCAGGGCUACUCCUCCCAGGUGGUGGUGGAUGGGGACGAAGCCUACGUCGUGCAGGAGGUGGAGCCAGAAGGAGAAGGAGUGGAGGCCUCUGGUUACAGCAGUGUCCCCUGCUCUGACAAAACCUUCGAGGCGGCAGAAGCUCUGCUACACAUGGACUCCCCGUCCAGCAUGAGAGAAGACCGCAGUCCAGAAGCCGUUACCCCACAAAGUGAAGCGGCGCCGGACUUCCUCCACGCCGCCAUGCGGCCUGACUUGAUUGCAGAAUCGGAGGUGGAGAUAACCACUGAGAAUUGCUACGUGGAGGAGGACGAAGAGGAGGAUGACGAGGAGGAGGAGAUGGUCACCUCUGUAGAAGAGCCAGAGCCCAAUAACGAGCCUGUCAGGAAGAAGCGAGCAGGAAGAAAAAGCAAGGCGCCCCAGUCGGCCGUUCCCAACGGCACGACGGAUUUCAGCUUGAAGAAGAAACCAAGAGAGGGCAAAGCAGGGAGCACCACGUACCUCUGGGAGUUCCUGUUGGACCUCCUGCAGGAUAAAAACACCUGCCCCAGGUAUAUCAAGUGGACCCAGAGGGAGAAGGGCAUCUUCAAGCUCGUUGAUUCAAAGGCCGUGUCCAAGCUUUGGGGCAAACAUAAGAACAAACCAGACAUGAACUACGAGACCAUGGGACGGGCGCUCAGGUAUUACUACCAGCGGGGAAUCCUGGCCAAAGUGGAGGGCCAGCGGCUGGUGUACCAGUUCAAAGAGAUGCCCAAGAACAUCGUCAUCAUCGACGAGGACAAGGCAGACCUGUCCGCCGCCGAUGACCUCAUGAGCUCGGAGUCGCAGUCGUCCUACGAGCGCGUGCCCCCGCCUCCGGACAGGCUGCUGCAGAACCCCGAGCUGUCGUCCCCCAGGAGACCCAACAUCCUGCGGGGCUCCAACAGACCCAUCAUAGCCCAGGCUCCCGCCGCCACCGUGAGCGCACCGCCGGUGAUGGCCACCCCGCCCAGGAUAGUGACGGUCUCAGCGGCGCCCGACGCCAGCCAGAUCCCAAGCGCCACGGCACCGAGGACGGUCCGAGUGGCGAUGCAGGUGCCGGUAGUGAUGACGUCUCUGGGUCAGAAGAUCUCCACCGUGGCCAUGCAGCAGCCGGCAGGAACGACGGUGGCCGCCGGGACCACCACCCUCCUCACCAGCGCGUCCCCCCUCACUGCUGCCGCCAGCCCCAACUCACAACAGAAGGUCGUCAUCCAGACGAUCCCAACGAUGGUCCCGGCCACGGCGGAGAACGGAGACAAGAUCACCGUCCAGCUGGCCAAGAUCAUCACCAUCCCCGCCCACCAGCUAGCCCAGUGUCAGCUCCAGGCCUCCGCCGGCGCCAACAAACCCAACAUGGCCGCCUCGCCCACGGGCAUCAGCUUCCUGGGAAGCCCCCUGACGGUGCGCGCCCUCGGCCCCGUCAACGUGGCCCCGGGGGGGCAGGUGAUGAGGCUCAACGCGCAGACGCAGCCACAGACUCUGAUGGUGUCGCAGGCAGGAAGCUGCGGCCAAGCGCCGUCAGUCAGACGGCGCCGCCAGCGCGUCAUCAACGGCUCGGACCUGGUGAUCGGGGGACCGGGGGGCGUCACGGUGGAGAAGCUGAAGGCGGCAGGAAUGCAGGUGCAGGCGGUGCAGGUUCCCCUGACGGUCCAGCAGAACCAAGCGAACCCAAAGACGAUUCAGAACAUCAAGUUAGAGCCCGCUGACGGCGAGACCGUCCUGAAACUGGAAGCUCCGCGUGCGAUAAAGACAGAGGAGCCCGAGUUUUAAGCCACAGACAUCUCCUCUUUCCUUACUCGCCGCCUGAGAAGGUCACUUUUUUUACAUUUCUGAAGUUCUUUCUACUUUAACUCGUAGUAACCAGCAGCAAAACUCUCGAAGGACAAUUCCUCAAAGCGCUGAACGCGUCUCCGCCUCUCGCCCGGGCGGAGCCGCUCGGCCCGCCUCAGGACAGCGGCGUUCAGGCGGCGGGGGGCGGAUCCCUGCACACGUCGGGGGGGUUAGGGUGUUAGGAAAGAGCAACGGGACCAAACAUGAUCACUACAUGACGGAUCACACGACUGAGGACAAACAUGAACCUGCAACACUAACAAAGUAAGGCGACCCGGUUGCUACCGACCAAAGGAGGAAACCGGGAGGGAGGAAAGUGUAAAGAAGGUGAUCCUUUUUAAGAGUGUUUCUACAAAUGUUGAAAACCAGCAUUUUCUUGUUUUUUUUUUUUUUUUUUUAAGCUUGCAUCACUGUGUGAAGAAGGCCUGAGCGCCGCCAGGAGAGCUCGUGAUAAGGAACCACAUCAGUUAUGUUUGUACAUAUUUAUAUAACUAUAUAUAUAUCUUUCCGGUUUACAGUGGAGCUAACGAUAACGGGGCAGCCUUAGAUUUUUAAUUUGAAACAUUUCUUUGCCUGAACAGCUAGCUGUUUUUAUUAUUUUGAUACUUUGUACCAGGCACAGUAUUAUUGAAACUGAACUGUUGGUUGGACCUUUUUUUUUAUUAUUUUCUUCUUCUUCCUCCCGCUCUGCCGCGGUCUGGCCACUCAUGCCGGUGGAGGUUUCCACUCGUCCGCAGGUUGCAGGUCUUUUUUAAAAAAAAAAAAAAAAUUCCCCUUCCUGCCGCCGUGGAAAAUGGAUUUAAAUUUUUAAGAUUUGUUACUUUUUUUUCGAGCUGGAUGUCCUGCAGUCGAGCUGCAUGCAAAUGCAAUAAACAUGAAUCUGAGCCAAUGCAUGCUGCCACGUGUUUAAUGAGAAAGAAUAACGUUACAAGUCAAAGUCAGCACCCAUAAUUUCAACGAUCAUAAAAGGCGUCGAUUUAUGCAAAAUGGCUGCACUGACUUAAAUACGUAUAACCACUGUGGAUCCCCCCCCCUUUAAAACCAGGGACAACGUCAGUCGGCCAUGUUGGUCCCGCCCCGACAUUUCAAUAGUUUUUAGUUGUUCUGAAAAGAGGGAAGGUUGUCAGCGUUCAGACUGAACUGUUUGUAUAUUCAACAUUUGAAGCAUAUUCUAUUUUGUUGUACUCUUGUCUCAAAAGUGUAUUAAAGUAGAUUUUACUGAAAAUACACCAACACCUGGAGCCUGUUUUUUUGGCGCGUAACGUGCCGUUUGACCUUCUGUCUCUUGGUACCUUUUUUUUUUUUUUUUUACCUCGCCGUGUGUGUAUUUGUCCAGGAGAUAACGGCGAUGUGAGCCAACCUGCACACCUGAUAAAGUCACAAAGCUAUCAGAGGAACGUUGUGUUUCUGUACUUUCUUUGACAGUUUUGCCCAACAGUUUGUCAACAAAGACAAAAAAAA